AUGGUAAAGUCUUCCCUGUUGAAGUUCUUUGAUAUAAAGUCUAGAGAUGGCAAGAAAAUUGCCAAUUGAAGGCAUUGCAGAAAAUCUUACAAAGAUGGGGAAUCAACGGGAAACAUGAGCAAGCACGUUCGAGCCUUACAUCCUUCAGUUUUUGGGGCUCAUAAUGGAAAGAUUGACUAGAAUAGACCAUUAGAUGCAUUUAUUAAAAAAAUAAAAACACUCAAGAUCUCCCAGUCUAUAUUCAGUGAGUUCAGUAAAAAAUCCACACUCUUUUAGAACGGCUUCGUUUGUAGCGGAAGGGUUUUUGUCGCUAAAUUUUGUCGAGCUCACAAUGUGGAGUACGUUUGACGACCAAGGUCAGUCGGUAGCUUCCAUUCGAUCUAGAGCGACCUGUGUGAAAAAGCUACAAGUUUAUUCUGCUAUGUUGGACGAAACACCGUCUCUCAACCUCCAAGAUACUCACCUUGUGAAUACCAGUUAGACAUCUGGACUGCAAGAAGUAGUGAAUCUUAUAUGGGGCUGCCGGUCUCGUUUGCACCUAAUGUAUGGAACAAAAAGCUGAUGGGCGAUAUGGAUGAUCACAGAAUUUUACUCAACGAUGAUGGAACGGCCCGAAAUACUCAUCCGCUUGAUUUUGUUUGCUUGGGCGAGAAGAAGCAUACUGGCCAAAACAUUCUAGCAAUAUUCCGGCAACUUUUGGAGAAACAUAAGCUUACAGACAAAAUUGCAACGAUCACCAUGGACAGCGCUAGUAACAACGUCUUAAUUACCAGUCAUUCAUUUACUCGCUUUUCAACGAUAAGAAACCUCUGGCGGGCUGUUCCCUCGGUAAGACCCACUAUAUUCGCUGCGCAAGCCAUGUCUUGAAUUUACACGUCAAGACAGUACCUUCAGAGUUGUUCAAAAUCAGAAUUUUUGCAACAGAUUGCGGAGAAUCAAGAUGCUAGCGAGAAUUAUGGGACGCUCUGCCCGAAUUUGAGCUAACUUGAAAAAGGCCGGAUUACCAUUCUUUCCGCUUGAAGCGCGCACUCGGUGAAUGUACAUUUGGCGUCAACUAAAUUCUUUCCUUGAAAAAUAUAGAAUAUACAACUUGUGGUUUUAAAAGCCUGACGAGAACGGUGAUUCAGGCGUCAUCUACAUGCUUCGUGAAUACAUUAAUGCUGUGACGCUACAUACUUGAAAUCAGUCAAAAUCAUUUAUUUCGUUCUUUUGAAUUGAGAAUUGCUUCGGUGUCGAAGAAAUCGGUGAAAACGAAAUUCAAACCAUGAGCAGUGAUCUGAUACAAAAACUUAUGACAGCAAAUUAUGACUAUAAAUCUCAUGGUGUCAUGU